CAUCGAUCUUAACAGAAGACAGGGUAACUUCACCCUAGGAGCACCUUGUAGUAAUGACACUGAAUGUGAAACUAGUGUUUGCCGUAGAGUAGAUCAAGAUGGAAGAAAAUGUCAGCAAACUGAUACACGACCAAAAGGAGAUACUUGUCUUGUCGAAGAAGCAUGCAACGGUACCUUAAUUUGUUCUUUUAAUGACACUAAAGGAACUGGACCAAAACUAUGUUGUAACCUCGAAUUCACAUUGGAUUGUGAGCCGUAG